GUUACAAGUGUUUGUAUCGUUUUAUUUGGUUAAGUUGCUGUGUAUUUACGAACUGUAUUUUGGAUUAUUUGAUUUUUGCGAAGUGAUUAAUUUGGUGAUUUGACGCUCUGUUUUUUUUAUUUGGAUUAUUUUGUUUGUGAUAUGCCUGUCAGCAUGAUGGCGAAAAAUUACGCUAACUGUCCUCUGAAGAAGAGGCCUAUCGUUUUCGAUGAUAUACCUGAAGAACCAGAAAACUUAUCAACAAAACCAGAAGACCUCAGCCGUACAGGUCGUCUAGCCUCAGAAUCUCCACCAUCUUCCCCAACCCUAUCACCCUCAGCAUCCCCAGAAUCGUCCCUAACCGAAUCACCUCCAUCAUCUCCCCCAUCGUCACCAUUAUCCUCACCUCCAAUGUCCUCCCCAUCCCCCACACACUUUAUGUACCAAGCACCCAUCAAAGUGGAACCUCUACGAGAAUAUCCAGUACCGAUCAGCCCAGAUUAUGCUCCCCAAACUUGGCACAGGAGCGUAGCACCUAUGUACCAUCCAGCUUACCAUCCAUACAUGUACCCGUACCACGAGAAUCCGUACCACAUGGGACCAACUUCGCCGUACAGCGAUAGCAGUCUAAGUCCUCCACAUCACAUGCAGCAACCUUUGCAGCCUUUAGCCUUACGACCUGUGUAUUCCUCAAUGGAUCAAAAUAGUUUGAGCCCUAAUAGCAGUACGACUUCCCCACCUCCACAAACCGUGCCAAAUGCCGAAGAUUUGUCCGAGAAAAGGAGGCAAGGUGUCAGACAUCAGUGUCCAGAUUGUGGUAAAAGUUACUCCACCUUCUCUGGGUUGUCCAAACACAGGCAGUUCCAUUGCGCGGCCGGUGAGGGACCCAAAAAGUCUUUUAGCUGUAAAUACUGCGAAAAAGUCUACGUAUCUUUGGGAGCUUUGAAAAUGCACAUUCGUACUCAUACUCUACCCUGCAAGUGUACGAUUUGCGGUAAGGCUUUCUCGAGGCCGUGGUUACUUCAAGGUCACAUUCGUACUCAUACUGGUGAGAAGCCUUUUUCGUGCACCUACUGUAAUAGAGCCUUCGCCGACAGAUCUAACUUGAGAGCUCAUCUUCAGACGCAUUCCGAUGUCAAGAAGUAUUCCUGUACGACGUGUAGUAAAACGUUUUCAAGGAUGUCAUUGCUGACCAAGCACAGCGAAGGAGGAUGUACCUUGAUGCAUUUGGACAAAAUGUGUUAGUUUUGGUGCGAAAAUACACUUUGUUACUUUAAUGUUAUUAAAAAUUUGUUUGGAAUAGAAAUAUUUACUACAGAUUGUUUGAAGGUAAAUAUGUUUAUUCCUGAUUAGUCGACGUAAAGAUAUAUUGUUAUAAAACUGAACAUUCCUUGCAGUAUUGUGAGUGCCUUUUUUGGAAAAGACUGAUUACUUGAUCUUUUUUUAUUGUACAAAAACUCGAAUCUUAGGGUAAAAUAUUUGAUAAAAAAAUCUUAAUAUAUUUUUUUUGCGUAUGUAUAUAUUGUAUUCGUGAAGAUAUUUUUCUAGUCAAGAAGGAAGUGUUGUAGCUUCUUUUUAAUGUUAUAUUGCCAUUGUAUAGUGCCUUAAAUAUUAGCGUUUUUGAAACUACACAGAUUUUAUUCUAUUUAAUAAACCAAGUUAUUUAUGAAA